AGUUAAAUUAAUAGUUUUGUGCUUACAAAGUUAUAAUAAAUCAGUGCUAACGUUGGUAUCACUCAACAUGAAUUGAUACUCUUGACGCCACCCACCAGCACACACUUGCAUCACUUUCACUGAAAUCAAUAUGUCUCAACUCAGUGACAUUCAGAAAGUCCAAGCUAAGCUUGGGCAGACUUUCAAUAAAAGGAUGGCUGAACUAGAGGCACAGCUGACCACCAGCACAGCAAAAGACACUGUGGCUAAAGUGGCUGAAGAGUUCCGGACAUUCAGGGAGUUAAUGUUCAGUAUGCUCAGUCUGCUGCGUCAGCAAAUAAGUGACUGUGUCCACACCGUUGAUAUCAUAGAGACAAGUCACCGCAGAAAAGCUCUUCUUAUCUUGGGUCUGCAGGAAUCUGAAGUAGAUGACAAUGUGACUGCAGUAAACAACAUCCUCACCAAGAAGAUGGCUCUGACCAACUCAUUUCAUUCAAUUAGUGCCUGCUACAGAAUCGGGGCCCGUGGAGAGGAGCAUCACCGACGGCUACUUGUCUGGUUCUCCAAUGUCGCUGACAGGAAUGCGGUAUGGAAUUCCAAGUCCAAAUUGAGAAGGUCUUCUAUAGCGGUAAGGGAAGCCCAGGCAAGCAACCUUCGCCAAAGCACGACAGCAUUUCGGGAUGCAAGCCCGUUGGACCCAAGAUGGCACAAUUAUAGAUAAGAUCGCAGAAGGAGUGUCAUAAGGUUACCACUAUGGCUGCGUUAGACACCCUGUUGGCGAGACACCCUAAAGCUGCCAGUCAUGUAUCGUCCAGUCCUCGGAGUGGAGGCGUGAGCGCGGGCGCAGGAAUAUCUUCAAAACGCCAAAACUAGCAGAACUCGAAAGUUUUUGGCGUCAUUUUGUAGUUUGAACCAGUAUGUGACGUAAUAAUCUCAUAACUACGACUUAAUUGUACUUGUAACAAAUUAUUUUUUAUUGUUUUGAUAAAUCUUUCAACGAUCGAAGCCUUUUUGGUAGAAUAUGUAGAGUGUUAAGUACGGAACCCUAACCGAUAUCGACGACGCAGCUAAUUCAUAUAGUUAUGGAAACUAAGACAGAAACGCCGAGACAUUAAAAAUGCAGCUGCGCGAUUACUCAAUACAAGAAUCAAUCGCCGACGCAGCGAAAGUGCAGGUGCACUGAUGACGUCCGUUCGGCGAUGAAUCGCCGACACAGCUAACUGAUUUUAUUCAU